AUGGAUCGUUGCUCCGCGUUGUCACCGUCGACGCCUAGCAGCCGAGGCAUGGAUAAGUACGAGCAGCUGUCAGUGGUGGGCGAAGGCUCAUACGGCGUGGUUCUAAAGUGCCGUCGCCGAGACACGGGCCAGCUAGUCGCCAUUAAGAAGUUUUUGGAGACUGAGGAAGAUGCCGCCGUCCGAAAGAUGGCGCUCAGAGAAAUACGAAUGCUCAAAAAACUCCGUCACGAUCACUUGGUGAACAUGAUAGAAGUGUUUCGACGUAAGAGACGCUUCUACCUGGUGUUCGAAUACCUCGACCAUACACUGCUCGAUGAGCUGGAGGCAGCUCCAGGUGGACUCGGCGAGGACACCGCCAAGAAACACCUAUACCAACUGCUGAAGGGCAUUGAUUACUGCCAUCAGAAUUCUAUAAUCCACCGCGACGUGAAACCAGAGAAUGUGUUAGUAUCAAACGCGGGCAUAGUAAAGCUCUGUGACCUUGGGUUCGCACGCGCCCUGGCGGCGCCUGGCGAGCCCUACACGGAGUAUGUAGCCACGCGGUGGUACCGCGCACCUGAACUACUCGUCGCUGAGCAUAGGUAUGGUCCCGAAGUAGACAUUUGGGCAAUCGGUUGCCUCUUCGCGGAGAUGUUGACAGGUGACCCGCUGUUCCCUGGAGACUCGGAUAUUGAUCAGCUCGCACUCAUUAUUAAAACUGUCGGUAAGCUGGCCCCCCGCCACCAGCAAGUGGUGUCCCGUCUAGCGGGCGGGGCGGCGCUGUCGACGCCGGGCGCGGCGGGGCGCGGCGUGCUGCCGGGCGCAGGCGCCGCGCGCGACCUGCUCGCCGCCUGCCUGCGGACCGAGCCCCGCGCCCGGCCCGCCGCACAGGCACUGCUUAGACACAAAUACUUUAUCGCAGACAAUUUUGCGGAGAAUUUUAACGCUGAGCUGAGAAAGAAACUGGGAAAAGAGAUUGAGGCGUCUCCGACGCAACAGAGCACGGCGCGUGUCGCCGGCAAACCUCGACAGCAGUGGACGCUCAACAUUAUACCGGACCAAAGCAGGUCGCGGACGGACAGUACGGCGGGCGAAUCGCUCAUUGACUACCAUUACACUCCCAAUACUGAAGUCCAAAUGGAGACGGGUGCGAUGGACAAGAAGCCGCAUCGUAGCGUUUGUGAACCUGCACAUGAAACCACACAUUCAGAGUCGGGCGCGCCGCCAGUGAGGGCGCUGCCGCCCGCGCCGCGCCCCGCGCCGCCACGCACCCUCGCGCGGGCCAUCAACGAUACAUUCCAGACAUUUCCCGUGCCAGUCAACACGUAUCCAAGAACACCUUAUAUCAAGAAGGUAAACAACAAGUUGGUAAUGGAUGAGGAGCUCCUCAGAGGUCGUGCGGCCGCCAAGAAGGGCAACAAGAAGACACCGGAACUGUCACUACCCUACAUGCCGGGGGGCAAGCAACAUAACAGGAAUGGUGGGAACAGAGCGUCUAACAGUCCAGUGAAGAAAGUAAAGAAGCCACUCCCCGCGUACCAGACCUUGUCCAAAGCUUACGACAACUGGGAGGGUAUUCGGUAUGGACCUGACGACGUCCAGAUCUCCGACCAACCUUCCCUAUAUGUGACUGUACCGCAGCUACUGGUGGCCGAGCCACCGGUAACUGAUACAUAA